AUGAAGCCGAUUCUCUCUUUGGGUCUAUUGCUGCUGCAUUGUCUCUUCUCUACUGCUAGAGCGCAGGAUAAUUAUAUACCUUCGCCUUCCCCUACAAUUUCUGUCUCCAUGACACCGGAGAUGUCUGCAGCGUCGGUCUCCUCUGUCUUCAAUGCUCUGAAGACGUCUACGCCUCAGCAACCUGGUAAUGGGCCAGUGGCAGGAGACGCUGGGUCAUCAGCUUCAACCACCGAUUCAAAUGCAGGGGCCAGUGGUUCAGAUGGUGGGUCUGUUAGCAUUUCAAGAGGUGGAAUCAUUGCAAUCAUCGCUAUAGCUGUAUCUGUCUGCAUCAUUGGAGCGGUAUCAGCAGUGCUUUUCUACCUCGCCAAAAAACGAGACUGGCAGGUCCGAAAAAGCAUUCGCAGAUCAGCACGAAAGGUCGCUACCGCUUUGACACCGCGAAGGACGACAUUCCCAAAAGAUGUGCACAGCAGGAAGGGUUUGACAAAGAUAGACGAGGUGCCGAGCCCGCCAGGAUCGAAGCCUGCAGAUGUCGAAAAGGCGAAUCCUAAGCUGAUGGCGUUUGAGAUGUCGGAUCCACCACCAUCGAAAGGUUCGAAGUGGGCGAAGAAGUUUAGAAGAUGA